CAGUGACAACAACAACAGCGCGGUGCCUGCAUGCUGGAUAGAGGAGCAUGAAGGGAACCGAAACGGCUCUCUGUGUUGUCGCUGGUUAGUUUGACGAACGUGUGAGAAGAGCGAUGACGGACACGGCUGCGUGUUUGUAAUAUCUAUUCCGCUUUUGAACCAGUUGGACAGCGAACUGAGAGAAGGAACCGUUGGAGGUUCCAUCACAGAUUUAAUUGCAGUCAAAUCAAGGAUGGCAGGAGUGUUUGACAUAGACUUGGAGACUGAGGACGUCAGUGACACAGAGGAUGAUGUCUGUGACUUCACUGUGACAGAAACAGAGAAUGUUCAGACAGAAGAGGUGGAGUUGACCAGUGAAAGUGUCAACAGAGACAGUGAGAGAGUUGGACCUGACUGCUUUGAGCUUCUUACUGUUCUGGGAAAAGGAGCGUAUGGCAAGGUUUUCCAGGUGAGGAAGGUUCAAGGUGCACAGACGGGAAAAAUAUUUGCCAUGAAGGUCCUGAGAAAGGCCAAGAUAGUGUGUAAUGCUAAAGACACAGCCCAUACACGAGCUGAGCGGGAGAUCCUGGAGACGGUGAGGCACCCAUUCAUCGUGGAUUUGCUCUACGCCUUCCAGACUGGGGGAAAACUCUACCUUAUACUUGAGUGUCUAAGCGGAGGGGAGUUGUUUAUGCAGUUAGAGAAAGAAGGCAUCUUCAUGGAAGACACUGCUUGUUUCUACCUAGGAGAGAUCACAUUGGCCCUGGGUCACCUCCACUCCAACGGGAUUAUUUACCGGGACCUUAAACCUGAGAACAUUAUGCUGAAUCACGAAGGACACAUCAAACUCACUGACUUUGGGCUCUGCAAGGAAUCAAUUCAUGAUGGAAGUGUCACACACACUUUCUGUGGCACCAUAGAGUACAUGGCUCCAGAGAUCCUGACCAGGACGGGUCACAACAGAGCAGUAGACUGGUGGAGCUUGGGGGCCCUAAUGUAUGAUAUGAUGACCGGAUCACCUCCAUUCACAGCUGAAAACAGGAAGAAGACAAUUGAUAAGAUUUUGAAGUGUAAACUCAAUCUGCCCCCAUACCUGACCAUUGAUGCCAGGGACAUCAUCAAGAAGCUGUUGAAGAAGAAUCCAGCCCAGAGACUUGGCUCCAGUAAGGCAGACUGUGCUGAUAUUCAGAAACAUCCGUUCUUCAGGCACAUCAGCUGGGAUGACCUGUUGAACAAGACAGUGGAGCCGCCUUACAAGCCACAGCUGCAAUCCGAUGAGGAUGUCAGCCAGUUUGACACCAGGUUUACCAGACAGACACCAGUGGACAGUCCCGAUGAUACCUCACUCAGCCACAGUGCAGAACUUGCCUUCGCUGGUUUCACCUAUGUGGCUCCAUCGGUCCUUGAAAGUCUCAAGGAAGGCUUCUCAUUUGAACCCAGAACACGACCUGUACGCAGACACAACAGCAGCCCACACACACCCAUCAGUCCUCUGAAGUUUUCCCAAACUGGACCCUUUAAAUCCAGCAUGGACGGAGAGCCAGACCUUUUCUCUCCCACUUCUCCACCAGCAGCUCCUGUUACUGUGCCACUGGAAAACGGAGCUGCCAGUCAGCCGAUCAGGACGCCUGCGAGGAACAAGAAGCAGAAGGGUCAUCGGAGAUGAGGAGGACGUCUUCAGGAGCCAGCGUGCGCUGCAAGACCGCGGUCAGAUUCACAUAUUUAUAGUACACAGUCAGUGCCGAGGAAUAGAGCUUAAUAGUGUUUUGUUUUUGCUUGUGUCAUGCUUUUUGAGGUGGUUUAACAAAUAACAGGUGUACAUGGGGCUAUUAUUCAGGACUUCCUGUUUGCUGUAGAACAAUCUGCAGGUAGAUCACUCUACACUGGUUCACUCUAUCAACAUGGAAUUUUCAUGCUUUUACUUUGUGAAGAAAGAACUUCAGUUUUAUCAUCUGUCUCAGAUGGUCACUUUAUUUCAUGAAGCUUUAAUGUACAUCUAUGUCUGCACUUACAUUUUACACUGUCACUAAUAUAUGGAAAACAAUGACCUGUAUAACAGUAUUUUCUACAAAGAACCACUGAUUGUUCUUUAGGAACUCUACUGAAUUUAUCAUGUUGAUUCAAGGUCAGGUAAUGAUGGACUGAUUUGUAACAGGAUUUUAUUUUGCAUGUACAUGCAGUUGCAAUUACAGCAGAGAGAUCCGGUGAUGUGAAGUGUUGUGGCUUUAAUUUGUUAACCGGCUUGUAAUAAAUUCAUCAGAGUUUGUGCAGGGAGGUAGACUAUCACAGGCUGACAUUUAAUUAGAGAGCUGAUGAAGGAUCACUUGGUUGAAGCCCUGAUUCUUUUCCAUCAAUGUCGAACUGUGAAACUGACCUUCAUCUGUUGGGUUAUCGAAUGAGUUUCGCAGAUUUGUUGGGAUGGGACUGUAUCUUAUAGUGAUCUACUGUCUACUGCCAAAGAUUAACUCAUUCAAUCUUCACAUUGUACAAAUGGACCAAUCGCACUUAACGGAGUGUGCUUGACAAGAGGAAUAUACUGCAUUUAUUAAUUUGAGUGAAUGAAGAGGUUGUAAUCCUUAUUAAGAAUACCCCCUGUAUAUAAUUAGAGUAUUGACAUGUGAUCACUUAAACACAUACAUAUAAUGAUCCUAAUUAGUACAAUGUACAGUCAAAACAGGCUUUAAAAGCAGUGUUCUCACAAAACAAACUAUAAUCUUGUAUAUAAAGAGUAUUUUGGGUUACUGAACAAACCUAUUUUUCCACAUGAUACCCAUGUCAAAUGGUGUUUAAUAAAAUAAUUACAAUCUAGAUAUUUAAAGUUCUUAAUUGUCAUUGCCUAACAUGUUGAUGCUGGGUUAAGUCAAUGCAGGCUUUUUCAGUGAAACAGCAGUUCAGCUGAUGCCAAACUUCUUUCAGCUUUUCUUUUUUUUUUCUUAAUGACUCCUAGACUGAGUUAUAUUGAAUUUAAUUAUUUGGUUUUUUUUAGUUUGCACAGUACUAUCAAAACAGAUUGUUAAGUUAAGAAUGCACAAGUGUUGAGGCACUAAAACACAGGCAGCUCUUUAAGGCAUCAAAUACAGAAUGAUUUUGGCAGGGAUUAUCAGUGUAAAUAUUCAACAUUAACUUAAGAAAAAAGAAAAUAUUUUUGACAAAAUAUGACUGAAUGUUUGGUUAAACAAUUGUUGAACUAUACAGCUUUCAAUCAUUGCCUCCAAUGGCUAAAUCAUCCAUUUCCUUCAGUGCUUCAAAGUGUUGCCUGUCUGUCAUUUUCUUAACUGGUGAAUACCGAAUUUAAUAAAUACAUGAUGAAAUGAAAAACCACGUGAAUGUAUACAGACACAAAAUUCUAGAAGAACCAUGAAUUAAUCAUGGAAUCAAAAAAUAAUCAUAUACGUUUAACCAUGCUAACAGCAUGGUUGUAGGAAUGGCAAUGUCAGUCUGUCAAUGGUUGCCUCAGUACAUAUAAUCAUGCAUGCAUGAAAACACUUCCAUGAUCACUUAACUUUUCAUCUAGUGCCAUCUUUAGGUCUAAAUGUUACUACAUGUGUUAACAUGCUAACAUGCUUAGAUGAUGAGCAUGAUAAUCAUUAAAACUUACCUGCUAAGCAUCAGCAUGUUAGUAUUGUAAUGUGAGCAUUCUCACUUUAGCAUUCACCUCAAAGUAUUGUUGUGCUGAAGUACAGCAUCACAGAGCUGCUGGUUUCCUCAUGCAGUCAUGUGAGCAGGUUAACAUUUAUGCUAAGUCACUAUGCAGCACCUGGCCAUUAGAGCCAACUAACUCGGGCUUGUCUCAUUCCAGGAUUGUCAAAUACUGAAAUUUUGUCAUGUCACGGUAAGAAUUUUAUGACUUGUGAUGAGAAUGUGUGGCCGACUAUGUGUUAAAACAUAUUGGCUAGUUAGCUGCACAUUAUUGUUGGUCCCAUUUCAAAUGGAACAUAAUUUUAUUAUGCAUAUGUAGGAAGGGUUCGUUGGCGAGAGAAAUAUUGAAGUCCCCUGCUGUCGACUUGUGUCUAGGUAACUUACAUAAGUAUUAAUUAGGUGUGUGAUGAGAUCUCAUGCCUCGAGAUCUUGCCAUAUUAAAACAUGACUAUAUUUUUUGCCAAGGAGUCUGACAUUGAACUAUCAUAGAGCCCUGCAAUUUAUAAAUAAUUUGUAUGGCAGCAUUUUGCAUACCUGGUGGAAACAAUAGACACCUACAGAGUGACAGACAAGACACGAACAAUAUGAAAGCACUGUAUGGAAUUAGUAAAGUACACUGCGGCUAGCAUGACCACUAUGCAAAGUCAUCUACAGAACCCAACCACACCCUUGAAUAAAACACUGAAAAAUGGUAAAGGUUGUAGUGCAGACUCGCCCACUUUCCAAGUCCCGCACUGGGGCAAUCAUAGCCAAAGUUUUCCAAGCAGCUGUCACCAACUGGGAGCUUAAAACGCCAAACCAUGGCUUCACUAUUGUGACUGACAAUGCACAUAAUAGCCUAGUAUAUCUAAGGGUGCAUUUACACUUGGCCCAGUUGCUCCAUACCUUGCUGCAACACAGUCCCUCCUCCCCUGUCCCUCCAAUGAGCAGCGCCGAAACACACCCCCUCCAACUGCGCUAGGGCCAGGAUCGUGUGGGAUGCAGAGCGCUCACACUAGUCAGACAAACUAGAUUUUGGGGGUCAAACAUGCUUGGGCAUGGUACAGAUUGCCUAGUAUGAGUGUGCCCUUACGCUGGGCUGUGUAGUUGCAGCCAGCUCUCUGCUCUGUAUAAUGCUUAAAAAGAAAAAUUUGGUCGGUCUGUGUUUACACUUAAUAUUCAGAGAGUGCUACUUUGAUUAUGGUUUCCACUUCCACUAAGAUAAACGUAGUGUUAUUUAUUUUUUGUUAAUUACACAGUUUUUAUUUUUUGCUCUUUAUUGGUGGAAACGAGAAUAAAUUAGAAGCUCACACAUAGUUCAUGCUCAGUUACAAGGUUUAAAGAGACUCAUGAGGAAUCAUACAUCCGAGAAGCCAGUCAGUUGAGUUUGUGGCUGAACCUUCUACAGUGCUUACAUAUUGUUUGUGUCUUUUACUGCAUAUGAUAAUUAAAUCUCAGUCAGAAGGAAGACCUGAAAUAACAUUCAUUAUAGGAUGAUUACAAGGUAAAUCAUUUCAAAAUUGACCUGCUUUAUUUUCAAUUUGUGACUUUUGAUUGAAUAAAACACUAUUUUUCCAGUCAUAUAUUUCGUCAUUUAAGUUUUCCUAAAAAUAGUGUUAAAACAUUGUGCACUGUCUCGUCUCCUGAGCAGAGAGUAUUGUCACACCCCAGUAUUCAUUGGCUAUUUACUUAUUCAGACAGAACAUGGCAUUGUGGAAUGAAACAAACUUUGAGGAGAGACAUUUUGAAAUUAAAACUGCUGGAAUUUAUUAAAAUGACCACCAGAAACACAUCAUAAUAAUGAGCUCAGUUUUAGGCAUUUAUUGAUGGAGUCAGAUGCAUUUCUGACCAUUGUCAUAUGAUUAUUUUACAAUAGUUUAAUAUUGAGCACAUUGUGUCUCCAUAAAAUCAAGCAGCCUUUUUUCUUUCAGAAGCAAUCAUUCUGUUUUCCUGCCUGUUUGUACUCAUAUCCCUGGUAUUCUGACCAGUACUGUCAGACCAGUUAAUUCCUACAUUUUUCCGACAGCCUUCCUUCAUUAACACUGGAUACAGAGUACAGAAUGUUUGAUGCUGAGCUGUGAAAUUCCUGUCUCACCACUGUUUUUGUCUUCACACUGCAGUUUGUUUCUGUAAUAUUGUUGAAUCUAUACAGUAAUGGUAUAAACUGUUGUACAUCAUGAAUGGCAAACGGUACAAUGCAAGAUAAGAAAAAUAAAAGACGGAGACACGGGGCUCUGUUUUAUUUUAUUUUGUUUGUUUUUUUUGUCUCAACUCCAAGUUGCCAUCAAAAAAGCAGUUGGGAAACUGGAAUAGCUUUUACUUGUGUUUUUUUGUAGUUUUUUAUUCUUAAUUAUAUAAUUAGCAGUGAUUAUGGAGUGAUGGAUACUAUGAAAAUCAUUGUACACCUUUGAAGUUAAUAACAAUUUAUAUUCUUAAGAUUUAAUUCUGAAAAAUGUUGUUGUACAUCUGUUAACUGGUGGAUGUCUUAUGAAUAAAACAACAUCAAUAGCCAAAA